AUGAUUCUGUCACUGUGGCUGAAUGUGAUUACAGCCAGACCAUGCAACACGGAUGGUAUAUUCCUCCUCCCUGGCACUCCGCCCCCACCUUUGGAGAACGUAGCAACUGGCGACUGGACACCCUUUCGCAAUCGUACAGAAUUCGAAACGGCAGAGUUCCUGUAUAUGCAAAAUCAGAUGCCGGCAGGUCAAAUCAACCGGUUGCUGGAUUUAUGGGCGUCUACCCUUGCGAAACAUGGCGACAAGCCGCCAUUCGCAGAUCAUCGUGAUCUGUACGACAUCAUCGAUAAUUCACCAUUUGGGGACGUGAAUUGGCAAAAUUUUACAGUAACUUACGAUGGUGAGAGACCUGAAGAUGGUACCAAGCCGUGGAUGGACGACAAAUACGAAGUCUGGUUUCGUGACCCACGUGAAGUCGUGCGCAAUAUGCUUGCAAAUCCAACAUACGCCAGUGAAGUAGACUACUGCCCCUAUCGAGAAUAUUCAACCGAGGGCGACAAGCACCAGUGGAAGGAUUUUAUGUCUGGUGACUGGGCAUGGGAUCAGGCAGAUGAAAUCGCUAAGGACCCGAGCAUGCUCGGCUCUACGUUUGUCCCUGUCAUCCUUGGCAGUGACAAAACGACAGUUUCAGUCGGGACAGGUAAUAAUGAGUAUUAUCCGCUAUACGCCUCAAUUGGGAACAUUCGCAACAAUGUUCGACGAGCCCAUCGUGAUGGAGUAGCAGUCAUUGGCUUCCUUGCUAUGCCGAAAACUACAAAGGAACAUGCUACCGAGGCAGUGUUCCGAAAAUUCCGUCGACAGCUGUUCCAUUCGUCACUCUCCAAGAUUCUCAACACGCUGAAACCAGGCAUGACAACCCCCGAAGUCACUCGUUUUGGAGAUGGUCACUACCGUCGGGUUAUAUACGGACUAGGGCCAUACAUAGCAGAUUAUGAGGAGCAAGCGCUGUUAGCAUGUAUCGUGCGUGGUUGGUGCCCUAAAUGUAUGGCAUCUCGCGAGGAUCUCGACGAAGAUGCGUUACGUCGUUGUCGCGAAUACACAGAAGCACUCGUUCAAGAAGGUUCCUUAGGUGACCUGUGGGAUGACUUUGGAAUAGUCGGGGAACUUGUAGCAUUUACGAACGACUUCCCCAGAGCUGACAUCCAUCAGAUGAUCUCACCGGAUAUUCUCCAUCAACUCGUCAAAGGAGCAUUCAAGGACCACCUCGUCGAAUGGGUCGAGAAAUACCUCAGACACACGCAUACGAAACGAAAGGCGGAUCAAAUUAUGGAUGAUAUUGAUUGCAGAAUUGCCGCUGUCGCCUCAUUUUCAGGCUUGAGACGAUUUCCUCAGGGACGUGGCUUCAAGCAAUGGACAGGAGAUGAUUCGAAGGCCCUGAUGAAGGUCUACUUGCCUGCCAUCGAGGGUCAUGUACCCGUAGAUGUCGUGCGCACCUUUCGUGCACUUCUCGAAUUUUGUUACCUAGUCCGUCGUAACAUAAUCACAGAAGACACUCUAGUUGAAAUCGAAGACGCUCUCUCACGCUUUCACCAUUACCGUAACAUCUUCAGGACGACAGGAGUGGUUCCUACCUUUUCCCUACCUCGUCAACAUUCACUCAAGCACUAUGUCCAAAACAUACGAUUGUUUGCUGCACCAAACGGCCUCUGCUCAUCGAUUACUGAAAACAAGCACAUCAAAGCGGUCAAGGAGCCAUGGAGACGAUCCAGCCGUUAUAAUGCACUUGGUCAAAUACUUGUGACCAACCAACGGCUCGACAAACUUUCUGCAGCACGAGCUGACUUCACACGUCGGGGAAUGUUAACUGGUACUUGCCUCUCAGUAACUAUGGACGCCUUGGCACCAGCACCUCUGCUGAUCGGCAUCGAUGAGGACCUGGAAAUUGAUGAUGGUCCGACGGUUCUACAAGCUUAUGUCCAGCUGGCGAAAACACGCCAGGGCAAAAAACGUGCUCAAACUAUUCCUGCGCUUGCCGAAGAACUCAAUAUUCCUAGUCUACCUGACCUCCUCAGACGCUUCUUAUUCCAACAGUUGCAUCCUAAAGAUCCUCGCGACCCAUCUAAUAUACCCCUCGCCGAAUGUCCCCUCUACCUUAGCAAAAUCUCGGUCUUCAAUUCCGCAUCAUCACGAUUCUAUGCGCCGAGUGAUUUGAGCGGGAUCGGUGGUAUGCGUGUUGAACACAUUCGUUCUUGCCCCAUCUGGCGGAACGAGUACCAGCGCCAUGACUGUGUUUUCGUCAACACAGACUCCAGUUUGCCUGGCAUGCAAGGCCUCGAAGUCGCCCGUGUUUGUGCAUUUUUCUCAUUCAGGUACCGGGGCAGGUUAUAUCCCUGCGCUCUAAUAAGCUGGUUCGACAAAGUUGGCGACGCCCCAGAUGAAGAUACAGGAAUGUGGAUAGUUCGUCCUGGAUUUGGAGCAGACAGUGCUCCAGGGUACGCGGUCAUUCAUAUUGACUCUAUUUAUCGUGCUGCGCAUCUUAUUCCCAUGUAUGGCGUGCAAUUUGUGCCCCGGGAGCUCAAAUUUUAUCAUUCAUAUGACGCAUUUCAAGCCUACUAUGUGAACAAAUACGCUGAUCACCACGCAUUCGAGAUUGCAUUUUGA